CGGCACGGAACACCCUCUAUGAUGUGUUCGAUUGACCCAAACUACGGAUAAACAUACACGCGCAGCAACAGAAAACAACACCACACAAGAAUGGGACGUGGUGUAGUCGGAUUUGUCUUCACUCACCACCGCCGGUUAUUUUUCAGCGUUCUAUCCCGGGGCCAAUAGCUUUUCCCCGGAGAGGCUAACGACUAGCUCGGCGGCGCCGGCGGCGUGCGGGCGGUUGAGCUAGCGUCGGAGCUAGGCUAGGCUAGGCUAAGCUAAACAGUUGUUUUUCAGUUUCUAGCGAUUCCAACGGAGCUCCCCGUCACCAGCGUUCCCCGGAGACAAUGGUGUACUUGUUGAACCCUCUGGAAAACCUCAGAAGCUACAUCAACAACCGCCCGCCACUGGUCAUCUUUAUGAUCAGUGUCAGCGCAGUGGCCAUAGCUUUCCUCACCAUUGGCUACUUCUUCAAAAUCAAGGAGAUCAAGUCCCCAGAGUUGACGGAGGACUGGAACACGUUCCUGCUGCGCUACAACGAGCUGGAUUUCUGCGUGUCGGAGAAUGAAACCAUCAAGCAUGGUCUCAACGAGUCCACCACGCCCGAGAGCCUUGCGGCAACCAGCGGGCAGGCACGGCCCAGCACGCCGGUGCCGCUGCUCUCCGAGGACUCGGGCUUCGUCAAUAUCUCGGUGCCCAUCACGCUCACCUUGGACCCCCAGCGGCCCUUCGGCGGCUACUCGCGCAACAUCACCCACCUGUAUGCCACCGUCCUGGGACAGCAGGUCGGCCUGUCUGGCCGAGAAUCCCACGAAGAGAUCAACAUCACGUUCACGCUGCCCGUGUCCUGGAACGCCGACGACUGCAUCCUGCACGGCCAUUGCGAGCAGGUGGUGUUCAGCACGUGCAUGACCAUCACGGCGGCCAGUAACAUCUUUCCGGUCACAGUGCGUCCGCCACACUGCAUGCCCGAGACGUACACCAACGCCACCUCCUGGUACAAGGUGUUCACCACUGUACGGGACUCGGACACCAAGUACAGCCAGGACUACAACCCCUUCUGGUGCUACAAGGGCGCCGUGGGCAAGGUGUACCACGCUCUCAGCCCCAAGCUCACCGUCAUUGUGCCCGAUGAUGACCGCUCCCUCAUCAACCUGCACCUGAUGCACACCAGCUACUUUCUGUUCGUUAUGGUCAUCACCAUGUUCUGCUAUGCCGUCAUCAAGGGCAGGCCCGUAAAACUACGGCAAAGCAGCCCCGAUUUCUUCCCCGAGAAGGUGGCACUGUCAGAAAGCUAAGAGGGAGCGAGAAGAUACGUUAAGGCGGACUCUUAAGGAUGAUUUCGAAACUCCUUGCAAUGAUGUUGGGACGGUCCAACCAAAGAAACAAGUGCCUGUCAUCUGUGGUGUAAAUAAGACAUUGAGGAAAGUUUUAUUUUCCUUUUUUUUUUGUGUGUCUGUGUGUGUGUGUGUGUGUGUGUGUGUGUGUGUUACUUUUGAAUUGCCUCUGGAGUCGUCCGGUGCCAUAUCAAGACAGUGCAGUAGAAUGAGCAAGCGGCAUGCCACUUCAAAAAUUUGUUUGUCCGAAUCACACACUUAAAUCUGCAAAGGUUAAAAAAAAAAAAAAAAAAAAAAGACACAUCUGAACGGGAUGUGAAGGAGCACUUUUCCCAAGACGAGGUGUAUUUCUGAAGCCACGGCCCAAUUGUUGGCGCCUGAUUCAUAUUUCGUCAGUUAGCAUGCUAUCGCUAGGUGGUCGUAGCCAGUUUUAACUUGUUCAAGAAAUGGGCCACAAUUUUACUUGGUGUUUGAUUAGUAAUGACUAAGCCAGACAUUUUGCCUUUUUUUUUCCCCUCCCUGCACCAGACUAGACCAAGCAGCAAAAUUUUAGUCACUCUUUGAUGAGGUCGUACAGGAAUGCGAAAGUGGCGGUAAAUUUCAUCACAGCAUUAAUGCUACAAGAAGAAUAUCAACCAUCAGAGCCACAGCUAAAUUGUUAGCAUCCCUUUGGAAUAAGUUAACGCGGUAACAACGUCAAUUUUUUUUCACGUAGCCUUAUGAUACUACAUCGAAUGGUAACCCUGGCGAAAGCAUCCCCCCUGUUUACGGAUGAAUUCUUGACAUUUCUGACAUCUUAUGGAAUUCGUCUACCACAAAGUAGCGCGCUCACCAACAAACUUGAAUGUGCAUUUGUGACGUCUUGCGUCAGCCAUGAACCAGGGAGUAGCUUGCUCACCAACGGUAUCACCUGAACCCAAAUUCUUGACAUCCUAGCUUAGCCGUGAACGAGGAAGUAGCACGCUAACUGAUAUCGUGACGUUCCGAUUGACAUUGCCACGAAUACUGAUGAACGUUCAAGUAGCAUUUCAUCACUUGGACGUCACAUUCUCUUGGCCGUCUGAAUUAUUAGUUUGCAUUUUACUUUCUGAGUAAUCAUACAAAUGUGCGAAUGGUGGUGUUUAUUUUACGGUAACGGUCGAGUAGCAGGCUUACCUACAAGCAAGUUGAGAAAACACCGAUUUUUUUUUGCGUUCGCUGCGAACCAGGAAGUCGACUUAGCGUUUGUCAGUAUGCUUGCUAUUUUCUGCUUUAUGGCUCCUGUCAGAACUUGGGAAUGCGACGAGCACUUUUCAAGAAAUUGCUUCAAUCUGCAAUCAAAAAUUGCUUGCCCGCGCUUAACUGAAAUUGGUAGCGUUACCAUGUUUUUGGCCGUCUGUUAGUUGGCAUGCUACUUCCUUGUCAAUGGCCGAGUCAGCAACGUGUGGACUGUUGCGUUGCAGAACCUCUUCCGUAGCCCGAGUUGGCUAUUAUUUAAAAAAAAAAAAAAAAAGUGCACAUUUUUCUUUUUUACAUGAUCACUUUUUUAAAUAGCGCUAAAAAAUGAUCAGCCUGUGUUCAUGCAUUUAAAAUGAUCGAUUUUUUUCUUUUUAAAAUAUCAGAAAAUCGUCUGUGUUAACGUACGCUACUUAGCACUGAAGUGUGUGUCUGAUGAAUACCAAUUAUAUUCAAAUAGCAUUGCGUUACUUGAAUGACAAGUUUUUCGCUUCUUCUAAAUUGCUAGCGUUGCAAAAAAAAAAAAAAAAUCUGUCCUUUCAUAUAUCCGCCCUUCUAUUUUUUUUUAUUUUUUUGUCUUAUGAAAAUCUCGUAAAAACAAUCAGUCCGUGUUCGUGUGCAAGAUACUUAGCGUGUUAGCAGAAUGUGAAGACGUCGCCGUUUGUCAUUGAAGCAAUUGUAUUUUUUUUUUUCUUUUGUGUUUGCGUUGGUUUUGACGCAAAAAGAUGAACUUGCCUUACCUGCGACGGAUGAAGUUUGCGUCUUCGCCGUCGUUUUCUUGUGGAAAUCCAUGUGCAAAAUAUUCAUAUCGAUCCUCCUUAAAUUAUUUUGUUUUUUGAAUUACUUUUGUUGUUUGAAUACUUAGCGCACCUUGUAGAUUUCUUGCACAUUCUGACGUGAUUUAUUUAUUUUGGGUUUUUUUUUUGGGGGGGGGGGGGGGGGUCGUUAUUUCUGCACCCCAAAAAAAUCUUUGUAUAAUUCUAUUUAUGUUUAAAGUAAUUUAUUUUUGUUUUUUAUGACAGCGUGUAAAAGGAAUGAGUGUUGGACGCGAUUCUCUCCAAUAAACAUUUGACAAUCAUUUAUCAUGAACGCUGAA